CCUCAAACAUAAAAAAAAAAAAAAGAAAAAUCAUAAAAGCAAAAUACGUGAUGGCUUCUUUCGUUAAAGAUACACAAGUGAAGCUACCAAGACCAACGCGAGUCAAGAACAAGACCCCAGCACCGCUCCAAAUCACAGCCGAGCAGCUCCUAAGAGAAGCUCGAGAGAGACAAGAACCUGAUCAGUUCCUGCCACCUCAGCAGAACAUCACCGACUCAGCCGAGUUUUCGGACUACAAACUCCGCCGUCGCAAGGAGUUCGAGGACCGUAUCCGCCGCCCAAGACCACCUAUCUAUGUAUGGUUAAACUACGCAGGCUGGGAAGAGUCUCUGAAAGAUUACGCACGUGCCAGAAGCGUGUGGGAACGCGCCUUGCAAGGAGACUACAAGAACUAUUCACUCUGGCUCAAGUACGCGGAGUUCGAGAUGAGGAACAAGUUUGUAAACUCCGCAAGAAACGUCUGGGACCGAGCCGUCACGGUUCUACCGCGCGUGGACCAGCUUUGGUACAAGUACGCGCACAUGGAGGAGAUGCUUGGGAACAUCGGUGGAGCUAGAGAGGUGUUCGAGCGGUGGAUGAAGUGGUCGCCGGAUCAACAAGGCUGGCUCUCGUUUAUUAACUUCGAGCUUCGGUACAAAGAAACCGAACGCGCAAGAGAUGUCUACGAGAGGUUUGUUCUUUGUCAUCCGAAAGCGUCUUCUUAUAUUCACUACGCAAUGUUUGAGGUGAAGGGAGGUGAAGUCGCACGCGCGAGGGAAGUGUACGAACGCGCCGUUAAGAAUCUUGGAGACUGCGAUGAAGAGAUCUUUGUAGCCUUUGGUGAGUUUGAAGAACGUUGCAAUGAAGUGGAACGUGCUAGGGAUAUCUACAAGUUUGGUCUUGAUCGUGUAGGAAGAGGAGAUGAGCUGUACAGAAAGUUUCUGGAGUUUGAGAAACAGUAUGGGGACAAGGAAGGUAUCGAUGACGUCAUUGUUAGGAAGAGAAGGUCUGAGUACGAGGAUCAAGUGAGGAAGAACCCUUUGAACUAUGAUGCGUGGUUUGAUUACAUUAGGUUAGAGGAAGAGGAGGGUUCCGUGGGGGACAAGGAAAGGGUCAGAGAAGUUUACGAGAGGGCGAUUGCUAAUGUUCCACUGGCUAAUGAGAAGCGUUACUGGAGAAGAUACAUUUACUUAUGGGUUAACUAUGCUUUGUAUGAAGAGAUUCAAGCUGAAGAUGUGGAGCGUGCACGGCAAGUAUACAGAGAAUGUCUGAAGCUUGUCCCACACGCAAGCUUUUCUUUCGCGAAAAUAUGGCUGCUCGCUGCACAGUUUAAGAUCAGGCAGUUGAAUAUCACCGCUGCUCGGAAGAUACUAGGGAAUGCUAUUGGUAUUGCUCCAAACAAGGACAAGAUCUUCAAGGAGUAUAUCGAGAUCGAACUUCAGCUGGGAGAGAUUGAUAGAUGCAGGAGACUAUACCAGAAGUAUCUCGAAUGGUCUCCUGAAAAGUGCUACGUGUGGUGCAAGUUUGCAAAGUUUGAGAGGUCCCUCGAGGAAAUAGAACGAGCAAGAGGUAUAUUCGAGCUUGCGGUAGCUCAGCAUGCUCUCGACUUGCCCGAGUUGGUGUGGAAAGCUUAUAUUGACUUUGAGAUGUCACAAGGGGAAGUAGAGAGGACACGUGCUUUGUAUGAGAGACUCUUGGAACGUACUAAACAUUACAAGGUUUGGGUUAGUUUUGCAACAUUUGAAGCUGGUGAACAAGAAGAAGGUGAUAUUGAACGCAAAAGAGAGUGCAUCAGACGCACUAGAGCGGUUUUUGACCGAGCCUACAUGUAUUACAAAGACCUUACACCGGAGCUGAAGGAAGAAAGGGCAAAGCUGUUGGAGGAUUGGCUUAAGAUGGAAGUGAGCUUUGGUAUGCUCGGGGAUGUUAGCAUUGUAGAGUCAAAGCUCCCUAAGAAGCUCAAGAAGAGGAAGUCAAUAACCGGAGAAGACGGUUCGGUAGAGUAUGUUGAAUACACUGAUUACCUGUUCCCUGAAGAGUUGCAGACUUUGAACCUCAACAUUCUUGAAGCUGCUUAUAGAUGGAAGAAGCAGAAGGUCAAUUCUGUGUGAGAUGUCUUUAAAUCCUUUGA